CCUACUGCAUCAAUGUGAUGGGAAUGUCAACAUAACCAGAGUAGACCUAGAUUAAAUCGCAGGAUGUCUACUGGAUAUUCCAACUGCUAUUGUGUACCGUUUGAUCGAUGUGAACCAAAUGAAGUUGCCGAUGACUGUAUGUGCAGAUUCGACUCAGUAAUAACAGACUUCAUGAGAGAACAAGGCAUCCCAGGUGGAGCAAUGGCCUUGUCCUAUAAUGGUCGACUGAUUCACAGACAAGGUUAUGGCAGUGCAGGUGAUGGGACGAGAUGCCUUUCCACUUCUUACUUCAGAAUUGCCAGUAUUUCCAAGACUAUUACAGCAAUGGCCAUGCUGCAGUUAGUGGAACAACAGAAAGUGCAACUGAAAGAUAAGAUAUUCAACAGGAAAGGAAAAGGGAUACUUGGGAAUUUUAUCCCUGGUGGCCCCAGUGUCAAGGCUUUGGAGGGAAUAACUGUCCGGCAUCUGUUGGAGCACUCAGGGGGUUGGGACCGAGAGACGGGGGUAGAUCCUGUGUACCUCCCGCCCCUCACUGUCUGUCCUGUAGAGUAUCAGGAUACGACAACCCCACCGGAGCUGUACACUAACUAUCACAGAAAUCUCACUCAGUACAUGAUCAAGCAGAAACUGGAUUUCAAACCUGGAACUCGACAUGGCUAUUCUAACUUUGGAUACUUGGUGCUGGGACAGGUUUUAGAGAAACUGACUGGAAUACCUUAUCCUAUUUAUAUACAAGACAUCAUCAGCCAUGUUAGUGAUUGCUGGGUGUAUGAAGGAGCUGAGCUGUACAGAUUUCACCCAAAUGAAGUAAGAUAUUUUGAGAAGAGUGAUAACAUACAUCCCAGUAUCAUGCCAUAUCAAGGAGAAAUCUGGACUCUGCAGUACGGAGGGUACCACAUGCUGGGGACAGGCUCCUAUGGAGGAUUGGUGGCCUCCCCGGUACAACUGCUCUCUCUCCUGUCAACGCUGGACACCGAGCAUUGGAAAGGGAGUAGGAUUCUAUCCAAAGGGUCUAUUUCACAGAUGUUAGCACGUCCAAAGUUUGAAAAGGGAAUUGAAUGGUAUGGACUGGGCUUGGAUGUGCAGGACAAAGGUCAAACAUGGGGUCACACAGGUUACAUGGAUGGGACAACAACCACUUUCAGGAGAGAUAAAAACGGAUACUCUUGGGUCUUGUUGUUCAAUGCUGGGGCGACGGAUCAGGAUUUGGAUGGACUUGUGAAAUUUGCCCUAUCUUCUCUCCAAUCUUAUGGACCAUUGUCCGAUCUUAAAAAUGUGGGUGUAAAGGUUAAAAGCUUACAAAUUUCAUCCGAGGAUGGAGUUCAGAUUUAUCAUAUUCUCCUACCACUGAAGGAAAUAGAAAACUAUGCUUGUUGUUUAAGCUCUAGAGGAUAUUACAUGCAAGACAUUGAUUUGGUUGUGUAUGAAAAUUCUUUUUAUGUGAAUGUUAUUUGGAAUUACAAUCGAGCUAAAAUUGAUUGGUUUUAUAAGAUUUACCAUAGUGUAUCAGUAGGGAAUUCAGACACGGAGUCUGAUAUCAUUAAUCAAAUCAAAAAUGGUUUUAAGAUCCACACUUUAACAGUGUGUACAGAUCCAAAACACCCAACUGAUAUUUACACGGCUGUGAUUUAUGUCAGUUGGGGCACCAGCGAAGUCAUUCAACACAUUACAUACCUACAGGAAGUCUCGGUUGAUGCACCGCCUGAUUUACAAAGCAGCCAUAAUAUUGUCCUUUGUACAGUUUGCUAUUAUUGUGAUAAGUUGUAUGUGUCAACAGUGUUUGAAGACAGUAAGUUAAAUGAAAAUUUUGUUCCAUUGGUAGACAAUGAUAUGAAGCAUUCAGUAGAACUCACGAGAGAAAAGUGUAAUCAAGCGUUAAAUGUAACAAUUACUGGAGACUUAUCAAGUUCCAAUUGUAACUACACAGAAAAUACCCGAGGAAAUUCAGCACUGGUAAGGGAGAUAUCUACAGCACUAGUUGUUGAUAGCAGCAGUGAUGAUACUUUAAAACCAUUAUCGGUAUUUGGACGUAACAAGAGAGAGAAACCGUUCAAUAUUGCAAAACAAAAAAUGACUGAGGAGGAAUUUUUAGAUGAACUGCGUUAUCAGGCAUUAGAGAAUUUUGGUUUAAUAUACCUCCAGAUCUACAAUCUUCCCACUAGAAAAGACACUCUCAUAAGUGCUGUGUGGUCAAAGUUCAAAGUUCAUGAAUGUUAUCAGAGACUUGGAGCAUCCAGGUUCAGCUUUGUGAAUGAGUUAAUGGAGAGCGCAGGGGAGGUAACUCCUAUGGAAAUGAUCAGAGCUUAUGAAGAGGAUGGUGUUCUGUUGUUUGCUGGUAUAUGGAAAGCUAGUGAAUUCAAAUCCAAGCGUCGUAAACCGAACAAGUGCCCCCCAAACUCAUAUUCUAACAGGAAAAGGAAGAAAUCAUUGAAAAUGGGUGUUGGAUGCAGCAGCGAUCAUGACGGUUACACAAGCAAUAUCAUCGACUCCAACAUGCCACAUCUCAAAAUAGCCAUAGUUGGUGACACAGAAGUUGGGAAAACGUGUAUAAUGUUGAGAUAUCUGAAGAAUCAGUUCAGUCCCAUGUACAUCCCAACAAAAAAAGCUGUCAUAGAGAGUGCAGUGAAGAAGAUAAAUGUCCCUGGUCACACAGUGGCCUCCCUUACUAUCUGGGAUAUCCCUGGCAGGGAGGAUAUGGACCUACAUAAGACCUACUUCAGGGACCUGGAUGCUGCAAUAGUGGUGGUGGACCUGACAGAUUUGAACAGCAUUGAGAUGGCACCAGUUUGGAAGCAGACUAUCCUAAACAACACUUUUGUUACUUGCCCAGUGAAAGAGGCCUCCCAUGGGGGCCAAGUUAAAACAAUGACAAUGGAGGAACACCCAGUAGAUAGAGAGACAUUUCCAAUCAUUCUGAUGGGAAACAAAUUCGAUGUGAUUGAACAAAGAGUCCAAGCAGAGAGGUUGAAAAAAUAUGCACAGGACAGUCAUACAGAAGGUGAUGAGAGGAGGGUGUGGUCACUGGGCGAGCCCCUGACGGAGGAAGAAAAGCCUGAGUGUAUAAAGCUGUUAGAAAAACUGUCUGUGGAUCACAACUUCCAUGCCAGUGUGAUGGUGUCGGCGCGAGAUGGGGACGGCUCGGUGAGAGAAGCCAUGCAGAACUUAAUGAGACAUGUACUAGAAAAGAAAUACUCCAUGAAAAAGUACCGCAAUAAAGACGGCUCAAAGAAAAACAAAGAUAAGAAAAAGAAGGAGAUAGAGGGACUGGAUAAAACGGGGAUCAAAUCGUUUGACACGGUGUUCAUUACUGCCAGUACUUCAGUGAAGAAGAUAAUGACUUUACGUGAGUUUUAUAAUAAGACAUUGACGAAGUUUAAGGAGGGUUGUCAGCUAGCACAGAUUGUGGAGAAGGAGGAGAAUAGUCUAGAGGACUGCAUCACAGCACUGAAGGAGAACAUUGGAGAGGGAGCAAAACUCAAGGUGAAGAGAGAUGAGGAAUUCUGCAAGUUGGAAAUCAAUUCCAAGGUAGAGGAUUUUAAGCCAGCCAAAAAAAUCAGGAUAUUACUGAAUAUUUUUCACUCAGAGUAUGCCAGUGUGUGUAAAACUAUACAGAAAGAGUGCCCUCUACUGGACAAAAAGCUUCAGCAGCAGGAUGAAUCUAUAGCUGAAAUGUGCAAGGAAUGCUGGGAGGAGGUUGCCAUGGUAGAAGGGCAGCCUCGCAGUGAAGAUGAGAUCAAAAUGAUCUCGGAGACCAUAGAAACAAACAGAGCUAAGAUGCAGCAUGCUUGUCUGGAAGCUAGAGCAGCUGAGACUGUGGUGGAGGAAGCCAUGAAGAAAAUCAAGACUGCGUUUUUAUGGUAAACCUGCAGAGGCAUGAAAUCAAAAUCUGACUCAGUGUUUAUUUACAAUAUGCAAAUAUUACUGUCCUUAUUCACAGGUUUAGUUUUCCUGUUGUCUAUAAGAGGUACUGUAUAAGCAGAAUAUUUAGUGAGGAUGUUGAGAUCGCUGAAAUUGGAAGAUCUCUAACAAUUUAUUCUAUAUCAUAGUUAAUGGUUAUCUUUCUUGGAAUUAUAAAGUCGCUAAAAUUAGUUCUCGCUAAAUAUAUAUACCCAUUUCUCCGGGGAAAAUCGUUAAAUAUAUGUCUCGCUAAAAAUUCCACUUGUACAGUAUCUUAGGAUUUUGUUUAAGGCAAUUUUUAAUGUACAGCAUCAUCUUUAUUUAUGAACUUUACUCGAGUAUAAUAAAUAGAUUUUCAUGCUAAUAAUAAUGUUUCACAUGUACAUCUAUAAAUUAAUUUCCUGGUUCAUAGUCAGACCUUAAGGACAGGAUAAUGUCUAGAUGUUUCUUUGCAUUAUUUUAUUUUUGCAUAUUCUUUUGAAAUUUGUUGACCAAGUCUGUGAUAAAUUAUGAUUGAGUUAUACAAUGUCUUACUGAUCUUUAUGUGCCCCCCCCCCCCUUUUUUUUUUUACUGGGGAGGGUGUGCAUAUUUUUUAGUGUCUACAAUACAUUUCUAUUAGAAUGUACAUGUAGAACUUUAUGCAAUUCACUCAUGUACAAUGUAUGUGAUAUACAGUAAAACAAUGAAUAUUCAUGUAUGUGAUAUACAGUAAAAAUGAAUAUUCAUGUAUGUGAUAUACAGUAAAACAAUGAAUAUUCAUGAUACAUUUUUAGGAUUGAAUUAUACUGACCAAAGUUGCUUCUUCAGUCGGUGAGGCAUGGAAAUGAAGUAUUUUUUCAUUGAUAUGUUAGGCUUCUCAUUUCAUGCAUUGUUAUAUUAUUAUACCAUUGUUCUUUAUAUUUUAUAUAUAUGUAUAUGUAUCAUAUGUACUGAUUUAUGACAAUCAUUUUGUCACUCCACUAGAGAACAAUUACAUUAUAGAGAAUUAAUUUUAUUGAUCAAUUAAUUGUCACUUUAAUUUUUUAUUUCCAUUGUCUAUAGUAUUUGCCUAUUUAUUUACUGUUCCUUAAUAUAUCUAAGAUUCUAGCUUAUUACAAAUUACACAUAGAUACAAUUGUGUAGAAAUUGAAAAAAAAAAGUGUAUCAUAUUCAUUUUUUUUUUUUGCAGUCUCUUUUAUUUCUGCAUUAUUUAAAAAAAAAAAAAAUACAUUUUGUAUAUAGUUUAACUCCAGGCAAACACAUGUGAUAUUUAACAUUUUGUUUUUAUCUUUAAUUUCCAUGAUAAAAAUUGAAGCAGGUCUUCAUUUAUUUAGACAUAUAAUAAAAUAAAACAGAAAUACAGA